AACGCUGCUGGUCGGGAGCAGAAAAACCAUGCUCCGUUCGUCUAGGAUUAGGCAUAUAACAUAUUAUACCCGUGGUUAUUGACAACAAUUGACAUGUGGAUACUAUUGACACGAUAAUAACAUCAUCGUUGACAACCUGCUUAAACAUGUACCACUCAGACCACAGAGUCAAUUUCCCUGACCGCUCCUUCAGCAUUCCAGGCCCUGGAACUUUGGGUUUAGCAUCUAACCACUGAACCAACUCCCUGUCUGAUACCCCUCCACAUAUCCUAUACCCCCUACCCCAGCACCCACACAGCCUUUCCCCCUGCCCCCUGUCUGAACCCCUAUACCCGGGUACACCCAGGGACCAUGGACAACCCCCCCAAGCUGUCUGGCGAGACCCUGAUUGUUCACCACAUCCCCCUGGUACACUGUCAGGUGACUGGUGGGCGGCAGGGCUGUGGUGGAGGAGGGGGGUCCCUGAAGAGAUCAAACCCUUUCAGCUACCCAGAAACCCUGGGCUUGAGUCGCACCACCUCCCUUCCUGAGCAGGAUGUACUCCAGAGGGAAGCCCUGGUAUACAGCAGCCUCAUCCAGACCUCCACAGGAGGAGGAGGAGAGGGAGAGGGAGGAGGAGGAGGGAGAGGAGGCAGCACGGGGAGCGAUGAUUCGUCGGUGACAUCCAGUAACUGCGAGGACCAGGUGAUGGUGAUGGUGGCCCACACUAUGCCCAGGGUGAAGCCAAGAGAACAGGUCAACAACCCACUCCGGCCCCGUCACAACCCUUUUCUGCUCAACACGGAGGAGGAUGAUGAUGAUGAGGAGGAGGAAGAAGAGGAAGAUGAUGGUGAUAACCUGAACGGUUACUUGGAAGACUCCUCCUUUCAUCUCCAUGGCGAUACAAACUCCGCCCUGGACGAGGAGGGAGACGGGAUUGCACCCUUUCACCUCCACGACCUGGGGUCCACCACACACAAGCCCUUCCUGUUGCACAGCACCCUGGGUAAACACUCUUGGGGCUGCUCAGGGAGGCUGGACUCCCUUAGGGGCGUGUCCUCUGAUCUCUCCACCCACCUGGAGGGCCUGGACCUGCUGGGAUUGGACAGUCCACGUCGCCACGGCAGCAGUGGCUCCACCCUCUCCAUGGACUGCGGUGAGCAGGAGUGGGGUGAGGAUGAGGAGGAGGAAGAGGAUCAUCCAAUGAGGGGUGGGGGACGGGGCUAUAGCCAAGCUGACUCCUCCUCUGGCUCUGGCGCCACCCACCAGCGCUGCUCCUGCUGCGGCCUCUCCCAGACAUAUCUUGAACAUUUCCCGGAACCGUUUUCAGAGUCGUCGGAACGCCAGCUGGGCUACGCCAGCGACUCUUCCUGUAACAGCUCAGAUGGCGUGCUGGUUAACUUCAGCGCCAUCUAUAAUAACAUGAACAACAGCAUCCCAGCAACCUCUACCAAGCCGCCACCUCUGGCCACCACGACCACCAACCUCAACAGCUCCACCGACCAAUCUUGCACUUCCUCUGUCUGCAUCUGCUCAGUGCUAGAUGAGGAGGCAGGGAGUCGAAGAGGCUCCGGAGGUGGGGCUUUCUACCUAGACCUCCACACCUCCCCCACCGAACCCCCCCACCUCCACUCUCAACAACCCCCCUGCCCCUCCAGCAACACCCUGCCGUUACUCAUCGAACCCCACUCUCACCCUCACCCCACCACCUCCUCCUGCACCUGCUCAGCUGAACACCAGAGGGCUCUAGACCUGGACUCCAACUGUAACUCCUAUCACCCCCCCCACUCCGACUCAGGAAGUGACCUCAUGUCCUGUCUGCGGAGCCAGGCGCGUCUGGUGGUAACCACCCAGAACUACUAUAAGCUGGUGACCUGUGACCUUUCUUCUCCGUCGCCCCCGAGCCCUGCGGGAAGCUCCGCAUCGGUGGCCAGCUGCUCUGACGAGCACAGCAAGGAUAGCCCUGCCCCUGACACGCCCACCGCCACCCAGCCAACCGAAUACUACCUGUUCAGGCGGCCACCGGGAGGAGAGGAGGAGGAGGAAGAGGAGGAGGAGGAGGAGGAAGAGGAGGAGGGAGGAGAGUCAUCACAGCGUGAUGAAGAUGAGGAAGAAAAUGAUGAAGACGAGCAGGAUGGGAAGAAGAGGAAGCUGCAGGAGCAGAUGGGUGGAGCCUGUUCAGACCCAAUCAUUGAGGGCCAGGUGUACGUCAACAUCUCCCCUCCUGUGGUUGGCCGAGGACCCAUCGGUGGAGGGCCCAGCCGCCCCCGUUCCCGUAGCUACGACCGGAACCUGGACAUGGCCCCACCCCCUCGGCUCGGCUCAUUGGAGCGCAUGCUGAGCUGCCCUGUCCGUCUCAGUGAGGGCACCGCCCCCCUGGGCCCGUCCCCUCUGCCGCGGGUCACUUCCUUUGCCGAGAUUGCCAAGAGCAAGAGGAAAAAUGGAGGAAGCAUGGGCUCUCCUUCUCUCAGGAUGGGGGGAAGUUCAGAUCCCUUCUCCUCCACCCACUCGGCCCACUCCCACUCCUCGGCCGACUUCUCCCCCAUCCUGGAGGGCCUGGGUCAGGGUCCGAGCCACAGUUUGCCCUUCCAGCGCUGCUACAGCCAGGGCAGUGUGGACCGCCACUCACCUGGUGGUGGCGUCAGAGAGACACGCUCCAAGGCCGAAGGUGGUCUCUCCAGCUCUUCAUCCAGCUCAGCAGUGGUGCGUUACACUAAAGACCAGCGUCCCACCACCCUCCCCAUUCAACCCUUCACCUUCCACCACCAGUUCUCCAAGCCGCCCCAGCCCCUGCUUCCCUUGCUGACAGGCUACGUCUCUGGGAUGCAGGCCCGGGGUGGAGGGCCUUCGGGAGGUCCGGAGGGGGGUGAAGGCGCCAACGAUCCAGGGCAAGACUCGAUGCGUUGGUCCCAGGGUAGUGGUGGUGAUGGGAUGGUGUCAGCAGUGGCUAGCCUCGGUCCUGGCUCGGUCCGGCCCUCGCCACUGGGUAGCUAUUCCCCGGUCCGCCUCCAGGGAGCGACAUCCAGCUCAGGGACCUGUUCUACCUGUACCCCCAGCCCCCAGCCAACCCGGAGCCUCUCCUGCCCCCUCUCCACCGGGCUCCUGCCCCUUCACCAUACCCCUUCACCAGCGGCACCAGCGGCAGCUGCCCAUCUGCCACCCACACCUCCGCCCCCAACAUUGGGGGUGAAGCGGGGUGCGGUGCCCCCCAUGUUGCCUCCGGUGCAGGGCCAGGUGCAGGGUCACCACCACCACCGUGGGACCCUGCCCACUUUACCGGCCGUUCCCCAGAACAGUGAGACUUCGCUGGGAUACGAGGAGACGACAUUAGACUCCCUGGAGGGGAGCAGAGGACCAGGGCCCAGGACACAACAUGGGCACCACCUCUCUCCACAGACUCUGAAAUGGAGGGAGUAUCGUCGAAAGAACCCAUUAGGGGUGGAGAGGUGUUCCUUGGGGGGCUCUGCAGGGUCAGGCGAUCCGCCUCUAUCAGGCAGUCUGGACGGGAACGGUCGUAGGGGCGGGGCCGUUGGUCAGCGAAUCACAAGACGGAACGUGUUUGACUUCCCUCCGGCCUCUAGUGGCCACAACCCCCUGGGACGACUCAAUGGCCAGUCUGUGAAGCAGCAGUACUACAGUGACUUCCUGCCAGACUACUUCUCCCUGACCGAGCGUCCUCCAGAAGAGUUCUGUCUCUCUCCGGAUGCCUCCUCUUCCUCAUCAUCCUCCUCUUCCUCACAGUCCCACAUCGCUGUGGACCUGCAGCAGAAGAGAGGUUUAGUCAAAGCCAUUAAUACAGCGGUAGAUUUAAUCGUAGCUCAUUUUGGCACCAGUCGGGACCCUGAUGUGAAGGCGAAGCUGGGUAACAGUUGGGUGAGUCCCAACGUGGGUCACCUGAUCCUAAAGUACCUGUGUCCAGCUCUAAGGGAGGUGCUGGGGGAUGGGCUGAAGGCCUACGUCCUGGACCUGAUCAUCGGACAGAGACGCAACCAGCCCUGGAGCCUGGUAGAGGCCUCCACACAACUAGGCCCAUCCACCCGUGUUCUCCACAGCCUGUUCUCCAAAGUGUCCCAGUACUCAGAGUUCACCAGCCACAGUAUGAGACUCAAUGCAUUCAUCUUCGGACUGCUCAACCUGCGAUCUUUGGACUUUUGGUUCAAUCACCUCUACACUCAUGAAGACAUCGUAGCGACCCACUACCACCCGUGGGGUUUCCUUCCGUUGUCCCAGAGGCCCUGCCAGCCUCUAUUCGAGGAGUUCCUUCUCCUCCUGCAGCCUCUAUCCCUAUUGCCCUUUGACCUUGACCUUCUCUUUGAGCCCCGAUUGGUCCAGAAGGGCCAGGAACACCGUAGACGCAAGGAGCAGCUCUGCUCCGCCUCCACCGGCGAGGACCUGGACCAAUCAGCACGCUCCACCUUCCAGCUCAUGAGGGGGUGGAGCACAGAGUCACGGAGGGCGGAGUCUAUGAGAGAUAAAAGGGAAGGGGGCGGGGUGGGGAAGAGAGAGAGGCUGGGUCUGAGACGAGAGGGAACAUGGCCUAGGAUGGAAGGGGUUGGAGAGAGAGGGAAUAGAGAAGGGAUGAUGCAGAGGACAGGGUCUAGGAGAGAAGGGGCGGGGAUGGAUCGUUCAGGAGCAGGACUUUUAGAAGCACAGCCAAUGACGACGGAAGUAGGGACAGGGUUUGCCAAUCUGUGGAGGGAGAGUGGGAGGGGGAGGGGCAUAGUAAAGAGAGCAAAGGGGGUGGGAGGAGAGAGCCAGAGGGAAGGGGAAAGUGAGGGAGGGAAGGAGGAGAGGAGGAAGGAGAGAGAGAGGGAUUGGGCGGAGGAGGGUCGUCAGCGGCAGGAGCGUGAUCGCCAGGCGUGCUGGUGGUACCAGCUCAUGCAGAGUUCCCAGGUCUACAUCGACCAAUCAGCUCAGGGGGGCUCAAAGUUUGUCAAGACUGAGAAGAGGAAGAAGUCUGCGGAGAGGCGGAGCCAGCUCCCGCCCCCCAGGGAGGGCGUGGUGGAAGGGGCGGAGUCUAGCCAGGAUGAGGAGGGUCUCAGAGAGAGAGGGAGAAGCAGGAAGAGCAGCUCCAGCUCCAGUGGUGAGUGGACAGGGUCCAGGGGAAGAGGAAGACUCUCCUGGAUGGGGAGUCCCCCAGAGUCGCUGCUCACCCAGGACAAGGAGAACGAGACGGAACUGGGGGCCCCAGUGACAGGAGCACCAGAGGCCUCAGUGGCCCAGCCAGCGACCCAGGCUGAGUGUCCCUCCCAGGGCAUGCGUUGGGGUAGGCUGUUUGGGUCCAGCAUAGGAGGUGGUGGCACCCCCUCCAGGCCAGAGCAGAGAUCAGCCAAAAGUCAGAGCAGGCUGCCGUCCGGCUGGCUGACAGGUCUGGACAUGUCCGUGCUGGACCUCGUAGCUCAGACGGUGGGGGUGGGGACAGGUAAGAGGGUGGAGCCUUCAGCUCCUAUGGCCCCUCCCACUCUGAACCAACCCUCUCUACCUCUUCAGACAGCACAGGAGAGCCACACCCAACAACCCUGUGAAGUACGAGCCCUGUGCCACCACAUAGCCACGGAGCCUGACCAGCUGAGUUUCCAGAAAGGGGACAUACUGAGAGUCCUGAGCCGGGCCGACUCCGACUGGCUCCUCUGCUCCCUGGGGGCCCAGCGGGGCCUGGUGCCUUUCAUCUAUGUUACCCUGAGGGGCAUGGAGGACAGCCAGGUGCCCCAAUGGCCUCAGGGACCACACUGACCUGACAGACUCAACUAGGGUUCCAAAAUUAUGUUUUUUCAGAAAUCACUGUUGGGAGAUUCCUGGAAUCAAGAGGAAAUAAGGAGGAGAUCUGUGAUUCCUCCAACCGGGAUUUCUGGUAAACCUAGGGGUUUUGGGAAAGUUAGUCUGAACCGAGGGGCCACAUUAAGGAAGGGAGAGUGGGGAAAGGAGGAAAGGACUCAGAGGACCAAAUAUGGACAUACAGUAUGUAUUCACUGGGUGGAUACAAGACGAUGGAUACUCAUGGAGGAUGCUGAUAUGACUGAUAUGACUGGUUUAAAGUGUAAUUAUUGUACUGUGGGAUGAAACACAGACAGAUACAGACACACACACAAACACACAAACACACAAAUAAACAGAUGUAAACAUGCAUGUAUGUACAUAUACAAAUACCUAUACACACAGGCGCGAACAAACAGACUUCUCUACGCAUGCAUCUACACUAAACUCAUGCAUGCAUACAUUCAGACUAUACUCACACGCACGCACACACACAAACCAAAACAAACCAAAACAAACUGUAUGGGAAUACCAAACAGAGACACAUGGCUAGCUACAGAGACUGCCUCAGCUCAGCCAAUAUAUAUAUAUACCACACCUAGCUGUGCUUUACUUUACCAUGCCCCAGAACUAUACUCUAUCAAUCACCUAGCUGUGCCACACUUUGAAUGCAGAUGCUAAUGCUAAAUGCUAGUGCAAAUGCUAGUGCUAGUCCUUGUCCUAGUGCUAAAUACAAGUGCUAGUGCUAAAGCUAGAGCUAAUGCUAGUGCUAAUGCUAAUAGAAAACUUCAGGAGACUGGUUAAAGGACUUGUCAUUAAAUGUAUCCACACUGACAUCAUGCUACUUGAUUUACUUAAUUAGCCCAGAGUACCCCUGCUUUGUAGUAGGAUGCUAGUAUGAAAAGUAGUGUUGUUACAAAACAGAAAAGAGAAAAAAAAAGACAAUAUUGUUUGUGUGAUCUAUCUCUGGGUGUGUCUUCUGACAGCUGUCGUCGUUUCUCUGUGUGGGCUAAAUACAAAUGGACAGACAGAUAAACCGGUUUGAACUGGCUUCAUUAAUUCCUCGUCAUCUGCAAAUUCCUGAUACUCAUCAUCUUGGUAACACCAUGAUUUUGGAUGGACUUAUAAACCUGACUGAUUGGACAAAGCCAACAACAUCCUCUGGUUCCUCCCUUCACUUCCUGUUUGUUUUGGUGGAUGGGAUGAACUGACCUAUCACUGCAGGUGUUGGGAAGGAAAGGGGUGGAGCCGGGCCUAGUGCAUGUAACCUAGCAACAAACUGACAAUGUUUUUGUGUCUUUUCAACUCUUCUUCACCUCUGUUAGAACCCCAAAACCCUAGCUCCUCCCACCUGCUCCACCCCUCUCUCCUUUAUCCAAUAAAACUGCACAGCUUUCAGGAGGAUACUGUACCUCCGGUACAGAGAAAACGAAUUUCAAGAGGCUAUGAUAAGCUAUGAGCUGUAUGUGUCUAUAUAUAUAUCCAGACUGUAAAUGCAUAUACGACUUACUUAUUUAUUGAUUAACGACUAAUGACGAUAUCAUUUAUUAUCGUUGAGGAAAACCAUGUAGUAGAGGUGGAUAAAGAAGGAAGGAUGUCGAAUGAAAGCAACACAUGGCUUUGGAGGUCUGUUCAGGGGCUUUGGUGAAUCUUUCUGAACGUGUUGG